AUGAAAGUUGUCAAAGAGAUGAUGGAUUCGGGUGAGUUCCUAGAAGAUUAUGAAAUGGGCACAGAUGUGCGCUCUUUUGAUUUGGAAAGUAUUCUAGCAACUACAGGUAACUUCUCAGAUGCAAGCAAGCUUGGACACGGGGGUUUUGGAACUGUUUAUAAGGGCACAUUACCAGGAGGUCAAGAGAUUGCGAUAAAGAGGUGUUCCGAAGCCUCACGCCAAGGCAUAGAAGAAUUUAAAAAUGAGGUGGCAUUGAUUGCAAAACUUCAACACAUAAAUAUUAUUAAGCUUCAAGGAUAUUGCAUAACAAGAAAAGAAAGGAUUGUAAUCUACGAGUACAUGCAGAACAAAAGCUUAGACUCAUUUAUAUUUGAUCAAAACCGAAGCACGUGUUUGGAUUGGGAAAUGCGCGUCAACAUCAUUUUGGGAAUAGCUCGUGGGCUUCUUUAUCUUCACUGUGGCUCUAAAUUGAAGAUCAUCCAUAGAGAUUUGAAACCCAGCAACAUUCUUUUGGACGAGGAGAUGAACCCCAAAAUAUCUGACUUUGGCAUGGCAAGGAUUAUUGGUGAAGGCAAAGAAACCGAGGCAGACGCAACUAGACUAGCUGAAACUCUUGGCUAUAUGUCUCCGCAAACCAUGGAAAUCGAGCAGCACACAAGCAAAAUAUGUGGAACUUAUGGCUAUAUGUGUCCGAAGUACAUACUAGAUGGAUCAUUCUCAACAAAAAUUGAUGUUUUUAGCUUUGGUGUGGUUCUACUUGAGAUUAUAAGUGGAAAAAUGAAUAAUGGGUUUGAUAAAGGCAGGACCUGCCUUAUAAAUUAUGUGAUGACAUUGUGGGUAGAAAAUAAGGUAUUGGAUUUAAUGGACCAAACUCUACGUGAAGUUUGCAAGGCAGAUCAGUUUGUAAAAUACGUAAAUAUUGCACUCUUAUGCGUACAAGAAGACCCAAAUGACCGCCCCACCAUGUCAGAUGUUGUUACCAUGCUUGACGAUGAAGCUGCAGUAGUUCCGACUCCAAAACCACCAGAAUUUGUUGGACAGAUCGGAGGCCUUGCUAACGAAGCUAGUUUCUCUAUUAGACUGGACACAUGUAUGGAUCUAACUAGUAGUUUAGAAGGAAGAUGA